GCGUGGGGGGGGGGGGGGGGGCCUGGAGGCCCGCCAGCUGGCCCUGCCGCCGCGAACAUGGAGGCCUUGUACCGGGUCCCGUUCUUGGUGCUCGAAUGUCCCAACCUGAAGCUGAAGAAGCCGCCCUGGGUGCAUAUGCCGUCGGCUAUGACGGUGUAUGCGCUGGUGGUCGUGUCCUACUUCCUCAUCACCGGAGGAAUAAUUUAUGAUGUUAUUGUUGAACCUCCAAGUGUUGGCUCUAUGACUGAUGAACAUGGACACCAGAGGCCUGUAGCCUUCUUGGCCUACAGAGUAAAUGGACAGUACAUUAUGGAAGGCCUUGCAUCCAGCUUCCUGUUUACAAUGGGAGGUUUAGGUUUCAUAAUCCUGGACCGAUCCAAUGCACCAAAUAUUCCCAAACUGAAUAGGUUCCUUCUGCUAUUCAUUGGAUUUGUCUGUGUCCUUUUGAGCUUUUUCAUGGCGCGGGUAUUCAUGAGAAUGAAACUGCCAGGCUAUCUGAUGGGAUAGGGUGCCUUUUGAGAAGAAAUCAGUGGACUCCAGACUUGCUCCUGUGAAUGAAUUUUGGAAGUCUGUACCAAUCCUCUAUGAAAUGUGGAAAGGAAUGGAGAACAGCAGGAAAAGAAGCCUGAGUGAAAACCUAGGAAGCACAUUAAAGCCCAUACUAGAAUUUCUUGGUAUCAGAGACAAGUUUAUCACAGUAUUUUUUUGCUGCUGAGCUGUGCUGAUAACCCAACCAUGUUAAGUGGCAUUUUCUUAGUUUUUCAUUUCUUAAAGGAAAAAAAAAAUACUCCACUUCUUAAACUAUAAUAUUGAAUAAAGUGAUUAUUUUUUACAGUC